AUGGAAAAUAGACUUGGACCCGAGAACUGUAUUGAUUAUCAGGAGUUGAAGAUUCAGGAGCAAAUGGGUCACCAGGGUGUCGGUUCAUUACCUGCAACAAUAUGGAUCAGUUUAGAAGAAGAUUUAGUUGAUACUUGUCAGCCCGGAGAUGAUAUCAUUGUGUGUGGCAUUGUGCAAAGACGUUGGAAAUACAUCACUGUGAACAGACAUUUAGAUGUGUCGCUGUCUAUAAGAGCAAAUUCUGUCACAGUUUUUACUAAACAGGAUAAUGAUGUGGAAACAGAAACUGCUACGGAUAGUUGGAUUAAGAAAUUUUGGUUUGAUCACCGGAAGAAUGGUAAAAUGCUGCAAGCGAGGGAUGUUAUAAUAAAUAAUUUUUGUCCAGAGCUAUACGGCAUGUAUUUAAUAAAACUGGCACAGCUCAACACAAAAUAUACUCCGAAUGAUGAUGAACCUGUAAGGUGCUCCCAAUUUUUGUCUACGCAGAGAACUCCUUCUCAGGAGGAUAAAGGUAGUGAUGUUUCAGUACGUGGACAGUCACAUUUAUUACUCGUUGGAGACCCUGGUACUGGAAAGUCUGAAUUGUUGAAGUUUGCACAGAAAUUAGUGACGAGGUCUGUGCUAACAACAGGAAUCGGUUCAACAUCUGCCGGUUUAACAGUAGCUGCUGUACGGGAGUCCAGUGAAUGGACCCUUGAAGCUGGUGCCCUAGUACUUUGUGAUGGUGGAGUAUGCUUCAUAGACGAAUUCACCUCGAUGAAGGAGCAAGAUAGAGCCUCGAUACACGAAGCAAUGGAGCAGCAGACAAUCAGUGUCGCUAAGGCUGGUAUGGUGUGCAAAUUGAGCACGAGGUGUUCAGUUAUAGCUGCAGCCAAUCCGAAGAAAAGAUACAAUCAGAUCGAUAGUAUUAGUGCCAAUAUUGGAAUUGCACCACCUUUACUUAGCAGAUUUGAUUUAAUUUUUAUUCUAAAAGAUCUGCACGACGAAAAGUGGGAUAGUUUAGUAGCCGAUCAUAUUCUUUUUGGAGAGAAAAGUGAUUUUGAGACUUCGGUGAUUGACAGUGAAAAAUGGACAGUCAAAAUGUUUAAAUCGUACUUUGAAUUCAUACAAAAUAUAAAUCCUGUGAUGACUGAGGAAGCCGAACUGAUUUUAUCGGCUUAUUAUCAGUACAAAAGGAUGAGCCAGUAUCGGGAUGCAUCCAGGACUACGGUGAGAUUGCUGGACAGUCUUAUAAGGUUGUCACAAGCCCACGCUCGUCUCAUGUUCAAGAAACACGUUGAGGCAGUCGAUGCCAUCACCACAAUCAUUCUGAUGGAAUACUCUAUGCAAUCGGACAACUCGAGUGGACAUAUUUCCAUGGUCGAUUUGCAGGAUCCUAUUAAAGCCAAAAGAAUCGAGGACUACGAGAGGCUGCAUCGACAGAUUUUGGGCAAACUCGAUCUGGAGGAUUUGGUAAAGGGGAGGAUGAAUCUUGUGAUAACGAGUCUUGAUAAAAGCAUCAGUAAGACUUCUAUGGUCAACCAAAAGGAUUGUAGUUUGGUAAAAGAUAGAAUCCAGGACGAGGAUGAAUUUUUUGGAGGAAGUGGUGAAAAUAAUAUAUUGUCUUUGCAAAUGCUUUGCAAAUCUAGGUUUGAAUCUAAGGUUGAGGAGGAUGUGGUUGGGCUAAGCAACAAACCUAAUUUUAUAAAAGAACUUUUGAAUCGUAGCCAGACAAGUUUUAAUAAAAACAGUAAUAGUAGUAUGGUCGACCAUUUAGAUAGUUCUACACAAUAUUCUGGUGAAUCUAUCAAUAAAUCCAGAGAUAAUAAUGAAACUGCCAAAAGUUUAAAUGAUAAGCCUAAUUUUAUAAAAGAACGUUUGAAUCCUAGCCAGAAAAGUCUUGAUAAAAGCAGUAAUAGUUCUUUGGUCAACCAUUUAAAUGUUUCUACACAUCAUUCUGGUGAAUCUGCCAAUAAAUCUAGAGAUAAUAAUGGAAUUGCCAAAAGCUUAAAUGAUAAGCCUAAUUUUAUAAAAGAAAUUCUCAGUCGUAGCCAAAUGAAUUUUGAUAAAAGCAAUUCUUUGGUAAACAAUUUAGAUGGUUCUACACAGUCUUCUAUCAAUAAAUCUAAAGAUAAUUAUAGAAUUACCAAAAAUGUGUCUAUCACAGAUGUUAGUUCAAAUAAUGAGCUAAUUUUAUAA